AUGUCUAAUGCACCAGUAUGGACAGUUCCAAAAGAUCCUACUACAACCUCGCAUGACCUCGUGUUACUAUCGACUGAAAAUGUGCAACUACAAACUUUUAAUACAUCUGCCAAUUCACCUGCAGCUGACGAUGACGAUCGUCCACCGAACUAUUUUGAUAUAUCAAAUGUGCCUAGUGGAGCUAUUUUAUAUCAUAAUGAUGUUCUUCCAUUUAUCGAACCGUCCAAAGCAGCAACAGAACGUUUGUGGAAAGGUGUUAUGUCGCUAGACCAACUUAUUGAUAAAAAUCCUGAUCAAUUAUGGCUUUAUUUCAUGACUUAUCUUGAGGAGAAACCGGAAUUAGUAAUCAAUAUUCGGGGUUCUUAUACAGAGUAUUACACAGAAACGGGGACUAGUGGUAACUCGCAAGGUAAUACUGUGACAAACCCUCGCACUAUGGAUGAAUUUACUUGCGCCAUUGAUCUACAGCCAUACAUUUGUGAUCGUUGGUGGCGUGUUGCCGCUAUGCCUUCGUUAAAGGCAAGCAGGGCCGGCGACGUCAUUACAUUAAGAGACGUUCUUGAACAAUAUACAUUUUCAAACAAGAAAUUUAAAGAAAUCACCCUGCGAAAGCAAAUACACGGCUGGAAUUUGGAACAUCUAAAAGCAAACAUUACUGAAUUAGUUCGCUCAACAGGUUAUCGAUAUGAUAUUCAUGUUACUUAUAUCAAACGUAAUUAUAAAAUUGUCGCUCGUUCAUCUUCACCACUGAACCGUUUUGCUAAUUCAUUAUUGGUUCGUGUAUUGUGUGUUAUUUCCUGUUUGUGUCUUAUUUUUCGUCCUAUUUACUGUUGUUUACGCGCUAUGGGUUCAACACGAGAUAACAUCAUUGCUGAUUAUAAGAUGAUGAAACCAGCAGAUACUUUUCUCCGACUUAAUUCUAACUUGAUUACUGAUACGGUGAUUCGCCGUGCAAAUAGUUCGUACACAGCACGAAUUCAGUAG